UAAAAGCCACUGUUCCGGCUGUUGCCGGGUGAAGUUCGCGUGUUGCGUGUUUUCGAUAUUUUAAUGUGAUAAUAGCGUAUAAAUUUUUUUUGUAACGGACGCUGUGCAGCCUUGUUGUUUUACUGCUGAUAUUUGUUUGUGUACACGCUCCGCUUUUUGUAGAAGUGUGGUUUACACAGCUGUCAAACAUGAAAUUCCAACCAGUAACACAUUGUAUAUUCGAUCUGGAUGGAACACUUCUGGACACCGAGAGGAUAUACACCAUUGCUACACAGGAGAUAUGCCAAAAAUAUGGAAAGACUUUCACUUGGGAAAUCAAGCAGCAGCAGAUGGGUAUGACGGGCAAAGAAGCGGCGGAACAUAUAAUUAAAGCCUUAGAGUUACCAAUAACAGUAGAGGAGUAUAUUAUACAAGCACAGGCUUUAUACCAAAAACUUAUGCCGGAGUGUAACGUAUUACCAGGAGUGGAUAAACUGAUACAUCAUCUGCAUGAACGUGGCAUACCAAUAGCAGUUGCAACCAGCAGUGGAGCAGAAAGUGUGAAAAUUAAAACAAGUCAUCAUAAACCACUGAUGAGUUUAUUCCACCACAUUGUGUGUGCAAGUACAGAUCCUGAAGUUGAGCACGGAAAGCCAGCUCCAGAUAUAUUCCUUGUCUGUGCUUCAAGAUUUGAUGACAAUCCGGACCCAGAAAAGUGUCUCGUGUUUGAAGAUGCACCAAAUGGAGUAAAAGCUGCGCGAGCUGCUGGCAUGCAAGUUGUUAUGACACCAGAUGAGCAAGUUAAUGAUGAUAUGAAGCAAGAUGCAACUAUUGUUCUCAAGUCCUUGGAAGAGUUUAGACCUGAAUGGUUUGGUCUUCCACCAUUUUAAGUUAUGUGCUAGAAGUAUUUUCUCCCACCUGUCUUGUGCCUGUCUUCCAUUAUCUGUGACAUCUGCUCCUUGCACAUGGGUUUAUUAAACUUUGUGUAAGUAUCAGCAAAUAACUGGAACUCUGGUUCCCACAUCACAGAAUAACUCAUUGAUUAGAGGAAUUGCCUUGAAAAUUCAUUUUUGCUGAUGGGACUGCAGCUCACUAUCCCACAGUAUCCAGGAAAACAUACGUUGAGCAAUAUCACCAAAAGGACAAGGCCUUACAGCUUGGGUGCAUUGUCACACACUUCAAGCUAUGUGACUAAUGGUAAUUCAGUCUCCAGUGAAGUCAUUGUACUAAUGUUGCUGUGACAAAUGAUAUAUAACAGGCAUAAAAUUUCACCAUGAUGACCAUCUAAUAUAAAUAAGUUACUAAGAAUCAUAUUUUUUACUGUGAAAACAAAGUACAAGCUGUUAUUU